UCGGGGGCGGGGCUCCGCUGAGGGCCGGAAGAUGGCGCCGCCCAGGCGCGGCCGGGCCCGGCGGUGCCGGUGGCUCCCGGCCGGGGCUCCCCCGCCUUGAGGGACCUUCGGGGAGGGUGACCCGGCAGCUCCGGUGCCUCGGUGCCGGCGGAGAUGGAGCAGCGCCUGGCUGAGCUGGUGGAGGAGCUCACCACCUCCGGGGAGCCGCAGCUGGAGCCCGGCAGGAUGAAGGAGCUGAAGAAGAUCUGCAAGGCGUCGGAGGAGCACAUCAGGCACGCGUUCCACCUGCUGCUGACGCGGCUCCAGGAGGAGCACGCCGAGAUGCGCCUCUCCGCCUUCCAGGUGGUGCAGGAGCUGUUCGCCAGGUCCCACCACUUCAGGACGCUGCUCAUCUCCAACUUCCAGGGCUUCCUGGAGCUCACGGUGGGGAUAGACCACGAGCAGCCGCUUCCCCCGCCCAGGGAGGUGGCGCAGAAGCUGAGGAGAGCGGCCAUCCAGGCGGUGCAGGACUGGCACGAGAAAUACGGGGAGGCCUACAAGCAGCUUUCCCUGGGAUACCACUUCCUGAAGCAGAACAAGAAGGUGGAUUUUCAGGAUGUGCAUGCCAGAACUGUGGCUGAAAGGAGGAGGGAAGAGGAGAAGCAGAAACGACUGGAGAACAUUUACAAAGAAAAAGUCAAAAGAACUGAAAAAGAAAUGGAAGAAAUGUCCCAGGAGAUUGCUGAUACACUGACAGAGAUGGAAAACUGUUUCCAGCUGCUGAUGCCAGAUCCUUUCAAUUUUGGGGUGAACGAGAUUGACCCGGAGCUCAGCAAACAAACAUCUGCUGAUGAGGCCAGAGCUGCAUCCCCCUUGUGCUCCCAGGGGGAAGUUAACCCAUCCUCUUUGGGGUGCAUGGAUGACGAGCAGCCAUGCUGCAGCAAGGACAUUCUUCCUGUUCCUCAGUGUGAGAAGCCUGAGCAAGAAGAGCUGGAUGGAGGCACACGCUCAGACAUUCCAUACAGUGGCCCUGCUCUCGAUGAUGAUGAUGAUGAUUACCAGAGUUUUGUUAGGAACCAUGGGCUUAUUUCACAUAAAUAUACUCUAGACCUUGAAAUCUCCACAGAUAUAAAAGUGCAAGAGAAUGAAGAUAAUACUGCCAUCAUAAACAGUGUCAUGGAUGCUCACAAACUUCUCAGAAAUAAGUUCUGGCCUUCUGUGCAGUCCUGGAUUCAGCUGCUUACCAGAGCAGGAGUCAAUGAUGAUCGGCUGAGACGUGCCAUUGAACUCAAGAAUAAAAUGGAGACUGCUAUGAAGAAAUACAAGGAAAUGGACAUUUCCUUUAAAGCCAGAAAAGUGAUGAAAGCCUCGGAUGAUGAUGAUGAUGAGGAUGAAGAUGAGUUUGUGGAGGUCCCUGAGAAGGAAGGUUAUGAGCCCCACAUUCCAGACCACCUGCGUAAGGAAUAUGGGCUUGAACCCCAGUCACCUCCAAAAGCCCCGGUGGUGAAGGCAUCGGCAGGAGCAGCUCCGCUGAGCUCCCGCACUCGGCUCCGAGGGAACGAGGAUGAACUCGAUCCAACCUGUGCAGCUGCCACCCUGAAACUGCUCAGAGACAAACUACCAAAGCUACCAUCUCCUCGUGCCAGUGAAUCUGCAACUUCUGAGGCAGCAAACUUGGAAGAUCCUGACAGUAAAAGAAGAAAACUAGAAGAAAGAGCUAAAGCCCCCCUCAUGCCUUUUGGAUUAGAUCUUCACUACUGGGGAGAGGAUCAGCCAAGUGCUGGGAAGAUUCUCAAAUUUACCUCUGAGCAUCGAUUUUGGGCUCCCAGUGAAGUAGAGGAAGAGGUGGAAAAUAAAGAAAUUACAGAAAUGUUAAAAACGAGGUAUAUAACAUUUGCUGGCAAGUUUGAGCCAGUGAAACACAAAUGUCGAGCACCCAUGCCUGAUGGAAGUCUGUGUGAGAGACAAGAUCGGAUUAAGUGCCCUUUCCAUGGAAAGAUAAUUCCUCGGGAUGACUCUGGGAUUCCUGUAAAUGCAGAGGACAGAGCCAGAGAAGAAAAGAUGAAGUUUGAGAAGCAAGCAGCCCAGCCAGAGUGGCGAGAUCCAGAAUUCAUGAGAGAAGUUGAAGCUGCUACAGGACUGGAUCUUGGUUCCUCUAAAAGUAAUGGAAAAGGACAGAAAAAGAAAGGGAAGAAGCAAAAAUAUCCAAAUCUGACAGACCUGAAGCAACAGGCUGACACUUCUCGUUCUCGGCUUGAGAAGAAAGUCUUCAAUAAAGGGGCCAUGAAACGGGUCAUGAAAGCCAUGAACCGCGUGGACCAAAGGAAGCACGAGAAGUUUGCCAACCAGUUUAACUAUGCACUGAAUUAAAUUCUUAAUCACCUCUGCCCUUCUUUAUUACAAGAGUGCAACUGCAAAACCCUUAAUCAAAGAUAUUUGUAUUUAUACUACAAUACUUUGCUAGGCACAUUUUUACUGGUGUCAUUUUUAAAUUGUUUCCAAGUUAACUUAUUUGAUAAUGAAUAUUAAUUUUGGAAAAGAUGUGGUGGUGUGGAAUUGAAUGCAUUUAAAAAGUUGAUAAUUAUUUGAAAUAUGCAUGAAAUAGAGAUGUUUUAUGACUUGUA